GUGCAAUUGAUGAUCGAGAGGAAGGCGCUGCACUACCAUAUCGAGGCACGCCGACAUACACAUCACAGUCUAAGCCCAGCAUAGCACCGACGUCUCACCUUACCUUGCCUGUGGACACGACCCAGAACAAUCGCACCUCAGAGCAACAACACGAACACCAGAGGAACCAAAGGCCACAUGAGUCCACCAUAUCCCCAGCGAUAACACAGCCGCCUUCCUCUCAGCCUUUUCGACGGCCUACACCACAAUGGCGACCUCCACCGUCCCCUCAACGAGAAACGCAACAUCAACACCCAUCCCUUCAACCAAGAAGGACAAGCCCUCCCCCCUCCGCUCCAUCCUCGCAGGCUCCACAGCCGGAGCCAUAGAAAUCGCAAUCACCUACCCAGCCGAAUUCGCCAAAACCCGAACCCAACUAAACCAACGCCUGACCGCCGCCUCCUCAACCUCCAAACCCAUCCCGUUCCCACCUUUCGGCCCGCAAUGGUACGCAGGCUGCACAACCCUCAUAAUCGGCAACAGCAUAAAAGCAGGCGUCCGUUUCGUCGCCUUCGACCAAUACAAAUCCCUCCUCUCAAACUCGGACGGAGAAAUAUCCGGCCCUAUGACCGUAGUCUCAGGAUUCCUCGCCGGAGCCACUGAGAGUUUGGUCGCAGUAACACCCUUCGAAUCCAUAAAAACCCAACUCAUCGACGACCGCAAACGUUCCUCCCCUCGAAUGAAAGGUUUCAUCCACGGCUCAGCGUUAAUCUUCCGAGAACAAGGCUUUCGAGGGUUUUUCAAAGGUUUCGUUCCCACCACGGCUCGGCAAGCCGCGAAUUCCGCCGUGAGGUUUAGUAGUUAUACUUCGCUCAAACAGUUGGCGCAGUCGUAUACAUCUCCCGGGGAGAAACUUGGGACGUUGGCGACGUUUGGGAUUGGAGCUGUGGCGGGGACGAUUACGGUUUAUGCUACGCAGCCGAUUGAUACGGUGAAGACGAGGAUGCAGGCGAUUGAUUCGAAGGGACAAUAUAAGAAUUCGCUGGAUUGUGGGUUGAAGAUUUUGAGGCAGGAGGGGGUUUUGAAGUUGUGGAGUGGAGCGCUGCCCAGGUUGGGGAGACUUAUGUUCAGUGGGGGGAUUGUUUUUGCUAUGUAUGAGAAGACUAUGGAGGUUCUGGAGAGGGUAGAUCCAGAGAAGAAGUAUAUUUGAGUUGGGAAAGGGCAGAGGAGGGUGGAGGAAGGGAUCCUGGAAAAUAUUUUUCGAUCUGGAUUUGCAAAAAGCUGGACUCGCGAGCAUACGAUAGACACCAGAAGAAGAUACCCAUCGACAGACAACGAUGAAAUUUAAUAGAAGCUUUUCUUC